UUUUGUUGAGCUGUUCCGUCCAUAGCAUUCAUUGUUCGUGAGAAAAUCCGGCCAAAGAGAGGCGAGGAGAGCUUGAGCUAGGGUGGGCGCCAUGAGUGAGGUGGAAGAGUGCCCGAGCCCCACACCGAUCACGGCCUCCAGCUGUCCACGCCCAGGCUCACCCCAAUUCCUCCCAAGGCGGGCCAAGGUCCGAAAAUCAGACUAGGUCACCGCACACGAACCCCCCUCCCCGGUCUUCCACCCAUCCAAUCCAACCAGCCCACUUUGACUCGCGCUUCCUCCUCUCGUCUCUCUGGCUGCUUCUCUCUCAGAUCUCCCCCUCCACUUCCUCGCCCGGUCCCCUCACAUAAAUAAACUCGGACCUCCCCCUCUUUCUUUCUCAGAAACUCCUUCCAUCAUUCCUCCAUCCAUCCUGUCCUCCCUUUCCCCUCGCCCAUUUUUGCUCUUUGUCCCAAGAGCAGUCGCGAGGUCCUUUCUAUACCCCCCUAAUCUCCGUUUGUUCACACAAUCACACAUCACAAUGGUCCAGUCAUCGGUUCUGGGUUUCCCCCGCAUGGGUGUCCUCCGUGACCUCAAGAAGGCUAACGAGGCUUACUGGGCUGACAAGAUCUCCCAGGAGGCUCUCCUCGCCGAGGGUAAGAGGCUCCGUCUCGCCCACUGGAAGAUCCAGAAGGAUGCCGGUGUCGACAUCAUCCCCUCCAACGACUUCGCUCACUAUGACCACGUCCUCGACCACAUCCAGCUCUUCAACGCUGUUCCCGAGCGUUACACUUCCCAGAAGCUCUCCCCUCUCGAUGAGUACUUCGCCAUGGGCCGUGGCCACCAGAAGGGUGGUGUCGAUGUCCCCGCCCUCGAGAUGGUUAAGUGGUUUGACUCCAACUACCACUACGUCAAGCCCACUCUCCAGGACAACCAGACCUUCUCCCUCGCCAAGGACCCCAAGCCCGUCCGCGAGUUCCUCGAGGCCAAGGAGGCUGGUUUCCAGACCCGCCCCGUUCUUGUCGGCCCCGUCUCCUUCCUUGCUCUUGGCAAGGCUGACCGUGGUUCCUCCGUCGACCCCAUCACCCUCCUCGACAAGCUUGUCCCUGUCUACGUCGAGCUCCUGAAGCAGCUCAAGGCCGCUGGUGCCGAGUCUGUCCAGAUUGACGAGCCCGUCCUCGUCUUCGAUCUCCGCCCCGAGGUCAAGGCUGCCUUCAAGCCCGCCUACGAGGCCAUUGCCGCCGCUGGUGAUGCCGUUCCCAAGGUCGUCGUUGCCACUUACUUCGGUGACAUCGUCCACAACUUCGACGUUCUCCCCGCUUUCUCCGGCGCUGCUGGUCUCCACGUCGACCUUGUCCGCAACCCCGAGCAGCUUGAGCCUGUCCUCAAGCAGCUCGGCCCUAACCAGAUCCUCUCUGCCGGUGUUGUCGAUGGGCGCAACAUUUGGAAGAACGACUUCGCCAAGUCGCUCGAGAUCCUCCAGACUGCCGUCAAGGCCCUUGGCUCUGAGCGCGUCAUCGUCGCUACCUCCAGCUCCCUCAUCCACACUCCCCACACCCUCGCCAGCGAGAAGAAGCUUCCCUCUGAUGUCUACGAGUGGUUCUCUUUCGCCGUCGAGAAGGUCAAGGAGGUUGCUACCCUCGCCAAGGCUGUGACCGAGCCCGAGGCCGUCAAGGCUGAGCUUGAGGCCAACGCUGCUGCCAUCAAGGCCCGCACUGACUCCAAGCGCACCAACGACCCCGCUGUCAAGGAGCGUCAGGCCCAGGUUACCCCUGAGCAGCACAACCGCAAGGCCCCCUUCAACACUCGCUACGCCGAGCAGAAGAAGCACCUUUCUCUCCCUCUCUUCCCUACCACCACCAUCGGCUCUUUCCCCCAGACCUCCGAGAUCCGUGUCCAGCGUAACAAGUUCACCAAGGGUGAGAUCUCCGCCGAGGAGUACGAGCGCUUCAUCGAGAAGGAGAUUGAGCUCGCCGUCAAGAUUCAGGAUGAGCUUGACCUCGAUGUCUACGUCCACGGUGAGCCCGAGCGUAACGACAUGGUUCAGUACUUCGGUGAGCGCCUCAACGGCUACGUCUUCACCACCCACGCCUGGGUCCAGUCUUACGGCUCCCGUUGCGUCCGUCCCCCCAUCAUUGUCGGUGAUAUCUCUCGCCCCGCUCCCAUGACCGUCAAGGAGUCCAAGUACGCUGCCUCCAUCUCCAAGAAGCCCAUGAAGGGCAUGCUUACUGGCCCCGUUACCUGCCUCCGGUGGUCUUUCCCCCGUGUCGACGUUCACCAGUCCGUCCAGUGCCAGCAGCUCGCUCUGGCUCUCCGCGACGAGGUCGUCGACCUUGAGAAGAACGGCAUCUACGUCAUCCAGGUCGAUGAGCCUGCCCUCCGUGAGGGUCUCCCUCUCCGUAAGGGUCAGGAGCGUGAAGCCUACCUCAAGUGGGCUGUCGACUCCUUCAAGCUCGCCACCGCUGGCGUCGAGAACUCCACUCAGAUUCACUCUCACUUCUGCUACUCUGAGUUCCAGGACUUCUUCCACGCCAUCGCUGCCCUUGAUGCCGAUGUCCUCUCCAUCGAGAACUCCAAGUCUGAUGCCAAGCUCCUCAAGGUCUUCAUUGACGAGGAGUACCCCCGCCACAUCGGCCCUGGUGUCUACGACAUCCACUCUCCUCGUGUCCCCACCCUUGAGGAGUUCAAGCAGCGCAUCGAGGAGAUGCUUGCUUACCUCAAGCCUGAGCAGCUCUGGAUCAACCCCGACUGCGGUCUUAAGACCCGCAAGUGGGAUGAGGUCAAGGGUGCCCUCUCCCACAUGGUUGAGGCCGCCAAGUACUUCCGUGAGAAGUAUGCCAACAAGGCUUAAAGAGUCUUCUCAACUCGACAAACAUGCAUCUCAUAUGAUGGGGUGCGUGACGUGCUUUUAAUUUUUCCGGGUUUUUCUUCAACAGCAUUAGCAUUCACAGAGGCGGUCAAGGGUUCACUUCACGGAUUUACGUUACAAAUUAUGGGAAAAUGAUCAUGAUACCUCCAAAAGCGCCACUUCAACUCGGCGUUCGAUACCACAGGGACAAGGGGAAAAACCGGAUUUAUGAUUUCAACAGAGCAUUAGCAUUUAUGAGACGGGGUUGCCGCCAUCUCAACACGGCGUUUGAGGGUAUAAAAAUUGAAAAGGAGACGUGGAACAGGCAUGGAUACUUCUCAUAUACCAUCGGGACGCUUUUUGCGUUUAAUUUACAGAAAUGAAAAGGAAUGGAUUUUACCAAACCAUCUUCUGCUGCUAUUGCCUGAUUUUUUACCAAUGUUGAUUCAGAUGUGUGUGAUAAAAACUUUGGACCACCAGUUAAAUGAUGCGAACGUCCGUCCGGCAGUAUUUCUUUCUCUCUUUUUUUUUUUUUUCUCCCUCCAACUACAAAGCCGUCAUACUACCGAAUUCCCUUCUUUGCAGUGGGACGGAUAGAAGAGUAUCCUCACUAGGUAGAUUCUAUGAGAGUAAGAGACCUGGUGAUGGCUUCCAACAAAUGUUUCCUCGCUUGUAUGUAUCUAAAUGACUAUGUCCCGAUUUAUCUU